ACUGUGACGCGCCGCGCGGUGCCGGCAUGGCGGCGGCCGAGGAGAAGGAGGAGGAGGCGGCGGCGCCGCCACAGAAACGCUUCUACCGGCAGCGCGCGCACUCGAACCCGCUGGCCGACCACACCCUGUGCUACCCGUCCCGCCCUCAGGACAUGGACUGGGCCUCGCUGUUCCCGAGCUUUUUCCCUCCCGAGGCCCCUCCCGGGACCCCCCCGGCCCGCGUGGAGUUCGCAGAUGUGGGGUGCGGCUACGGGGGGCUGCUCGUGGCUCUCUCGGAGCUCUUUCCCCGCUCGCUGGCGCUGGGUUUGGAGCUCCGGGCCAAGGUGGCCGCGUUCACCCGCGCCAGGAUCCGGGCGCUGCGGGCGGCCCAGCCCGGCCGCUUCGGCAACGUGGCGUGUGUGAGGGGCAACGCCAUGAAACACCUGCCCCACUUCUUCCUGCGGGGCCAGCUCUCCAAGCUCUUUUUCCUCUUCCCUGACCCCCAUUUCAAGCGCACCAAGCACAAGUGGAGAAUCAUCAGCCCGGCCAUGCUGGCCGAGUACGGCUUCGUGCUGCGCCCCGGGGGCCUGGUGUACACGGUGACGGACGUGCCCGAGCUGCACCAGUGGAUGCUGCAGCAUUUUGGGGAGCACCCCCUGUUCGAGCCCGUGCCCCCCGCCCAGCUGGCCGCGGACCCGCUGCUGCCGCUGCUGCCGGCGGUGAGCGAGGAGGGGCAGCGGGCGCGGCGGGCGGGGCGCCCCCGCACCGCCGUGUUCCGCCGCCGCCCCGACCCCCCCGCGGCGGCGCCGUGA